GAAAUUAUUGGUAAUCUUUACAUCUGACGUACAAGAUGAUAAGGGGUGUUUUCCUAUUAGCCCUAAUAGGGUUGAUCCAAUGCCUCCCAAAGGUUGACAUCGGGGAGGCUUAUUCCGCUGGUACAGUGGAUGGCGUCGUUCAAAACUGGAUGAGGCAGAAUAACAUACCAGGAUGUAGUCUUGCAAUUGGAAAAGCAGGAAAGGUGGUUUUAAACAAAGGUUAUGGAACUGCUGAUAGUGCCAGGUCACCCGUGACAACUAAGUCAAUCUUACGUAUUGGUAGCAUUAGUAAGUCUGUCACAGCCAUUGCGACAAUGAAACUCUACGAACAGGGGAAGCUGAAGCUGGACGCCAGAGUAUUCGGGCCUUCAGGUAUUCUCAAGGGAAUAACGAUUGGACGUCAGGCUGAUAGACGUAUAGCUGACAUUACCGUGCGUCAUCUUUUAGCGCAUACCUCAGGCUGGGAGCUCAUAGGGAUGACGGAUCCUUUAAACAACCCUCAAAUCUUCUGGGAUAUUGCUCGAGCUAACCGUGUUCAGUCGCCCCCUCCCAGUCGAAUGGUGAUCCAACAUUACUUGAAUUCGAGGGACAGACUUAAGACAACACCAGGAACUGCUUACUCAUACAAUAACUUCGGUUACCUGAUUCUGGGAGAGGUAAUCACUAAAGUUUCUGGACAGUCAUAUGAGAGUUACGUAAAAAGUCUUGCAAACAUGGCCAGGGCUUCUUCCAUGGUAGUAGGUCGAACUAGGAAAUCUGAACGCCUGCCAAAUGAGGUUAAAUACUUCCCAUUCCCAGGUAGCCCUAAGACACCAUCUGUUUACAAGGAGGAUGGUAUGGUAUUUAAGCCAUAUGGGUGGUACCCCAUACCCACUGCAGCUCCUCUUGGUGGUUGGGUGGCGACAUCUGCUGAUGUAUUGGCUAUUCUCAAUGCAAUUGAUGGAAGUGGCCCAGUCCAGUUGCUCAAGCCAUCUACCGUUAGCCUCAUGAUUCAGAAACCUAGCCAUAUGAAAGGCGAUGAUGCGUGGUACGGUCUUGGACUUAAAAUGGAACAUGGCGGUAAAUCAUAUGGCCACGAUGGUGCAAUAGAUGGUACCAUUGCUCAUUUAACACAUGACAAGACCGGUGUAAACUGGGCAAUCAUGUGUAACCAGUCACCAAGGGAUCAGGACAUUAACAGUAUGGUCAGGUUUGCAGUAAGACGUGUUCCUCAGUGGGCACCAGCAUACAACAAACUUACUCUGAACGGUCUGGCAACUGCAUCCUCUCAAGGUGGUAGACAUCUUCUCCGUGCCAUGAUUCCCGAGUCUCAAAUCCAGGGUGUGUCAAAUCAGAUGAGAGGUGCGGGUUAUCGUCCUACUGUUCUCUCUGCCACGAUGAGAGGACAAAGUGUGUACUUCAAUACCAUCUGGGUGAAGGGAGGGGGCAGUUGGUCCAUCAGGACUGGUUUGAGUGUGCAGGGAUUCACCCAGUUACUCAGGAGUGCCCAAUGGCAGCGUCAACAACCAUUGUACUUUGACCUGUACGUGAGAAAUAACCAGCCCUACCACGCCGUCAUCAUGGGACCAUCAAAUGGCCCAUGGCAGGCCCUUCCACCGGUGCCAGUGCAGCAGCAUCAACAGAGACUUCAACAGCUAGUAUGGAGAGGUAUGAAGGUCAUAAACCAGCCAGCUUACGCAAUGAAUGGUCGUAUCUAUGCCGCAGCACUCGCCGUAAGGGGCAGUCCCGGUCAAGAUCAAGCUAAGGCAGACUUACCACCACCCGUCUACGCCAAAAUGGUCCGCGAUGGAUUCGCACCAAUCUAUCUUAAGGGCUACAAACUGCCAGGCGUUCCCGAACAGCAGUCAUUGAGAUUCAGCGCCGUUCUCCAGCGACGCCCCGGUGCUGCGAUCCCCCAACACGACCUUUCCGAAUUCAAAAUGUCUAACAUGGCUCAAGAUAUGGGAGAGGCUGGACUAAUUCCUAUGGCUAUCACUGGCUUUGAGAUGGGUGGAAUUCUCAAGUUUGAUACAGUCUGGUCGAGAUAAAUACAAGCUUUAUUUUAGUCAUCAAAUAUAAAAUCAAAAUAAUGUUUUUAAAA